CAUCCUCUGCUCUACGCCACGUCUGUCAGCUCCCACAGCAGUACUGCCAGCAGCAGAGAGAAUCAAAGCCUUUGGGUUUUGGGACCAGCAACCGCAUACGCCAUCGUCACAAUUCUUGUGAGAGGCGAAGAGGGAGAGUUCACAGUCCCGUGGGCAGCAAGCAGUGUCGGCGGGCCGUGGGCUGUUGGAGAAAGGAGGGGAGUGCUCUCUUCCACGGGCACAGAUCCUACGGGGGGGGGGGUGCUUGUUGGCGUCGGCGGCAACAUGUUUUACCUUAAAGAGCUGCGUCGGCCGAUGCUCGUCCCGCCGUCAGAUUUCGGGCCAAAGCUCAAGGACACGAUACGGCGAAAGCUUAUCGAGGAGGUCGAGGGGACUUCGGUGGGAUCCCUGGGGUUCGUCAUCACCGUCACAAACGUAUCCGACGACCAGAUCCAGAUGGGCACGAUAGAGUUCGACACCGGGUUCGCGAACGUGUUGGUAGUUUACCGCGCUAUCUGCUUCCGGCCGUUCGUGAACGAGGUGCUCGAUGCCGCCGUGAGCCACGUGACCGAGCUCGGGUUCUUCGCGGAAGUCGGGCCCCUCGAGGUUUUCGUCUCGCGCUUGGGCAUGCCGGACGACAUCGCGGGGGGCUACGAUCCGGUUGGAGACAUGUGGGUAUCCUCCGAGGAUUCGGAUACGGAGAUCAAGUCCGGCUGCGGGGUACGGCUGCGCAUCAUCGGAGUCACCGUUGGGGCAGAGUUGAAAGCGGUGGGCAGCAUUAAGGACGACUUUCUGGGACUUGUGUCUGGUCCGGUAUAG